CGUUCGCUGCCCCCCGAGGCAGCCAGGCCCCCCUCUCCUCCCUCCUCGGCAAAACGACAACCGCCGCGCCGGGGAGGAAUCCUACCAAGCGAGCCGUCACCACCACGCCGUUCCUGGUUCGCCGUUGCCUCGAAGAGCCUUCUCCUUCACCUCCCCCCCUCGAUCCAUCGGCUGGUCUCACGCGGCAAUUUCGCGGGGCUGAUCGAUCUCUCACGCUCAUUCUGUCGAGACGGGGUGAGGAGGGAUUGGUUGGUUGCCGAUUCCGUGCGGCGGCCGGGGUAGCGCGGAUUUUUAGGUUUCUCGGGUUCGCUACAUGCGUGUGCGAUGCCGACCAGCUCCCACCCGGCGUCCCCCGACGCCGCCGGCGACAUUGCCGCCGCGCUCGCGCUCGACAUCGAGGACCUCGCCGGCGGCGGCGGCGGCGGCGCGGACUGCAUCGGCAGGCUCUCCUGCGGCAGACGCAGCAGCUUCUCCUACCGCCGCCUCCCUGAGCCGCGCCUCCGCCUCACCGUUCAGAAGCUCGACGACUCCUUCUUCGACAUUGAAAUCGCGCGCUCGGCCACGGUGUGGGAGCUGAAGGUGGCCAUCGAGAACUUGUUCUCCGACCUCUAUGACGACGCCCAGAAGACCAUCUCUUGGAACCACGUGUGGAGUCACUUCUGCUUAUGCUUCAAGGACGAGAGAAUGACGGAUGACAAGGCAACAUUGCGUGGGUUUGGUAUAAGAGAUGGUGAUGUGCUUCAUUUUGCUCAGCAUCUCUCUGUUGACUACAGCCCAUGCAGGAGUCUUCCCAAAUACCAGAAGGAACCAUCUCACACUCACAGAAGGUCAAGGACUUCGUUGGAUGGGUACAGGCUAGUGAGUUUGUUGGAUGAUCUCAGCGAAGAUGAGGGUGAGAAGUUUACUAACAGCAGGUGCUCUACGAGUGUCUUAGAAGAUCCUUGUGUUUUCGAGUACAAUGAGGUCCAUGAGGAGCGCCGCGUGGAAGAAGAAACUCCCAAGAAAGUAAGUUUGUUCCACAGAUGGUUCUCUUCCUCUAAACUGAGGAGUUACAGGAGGACACAUCAUGCUGAAGACACCGUGCCACUAUCUAGUGAGAAGAAAAAUGCUCAUCCAAAGCUGGGGAAGUGGUUCACCUUCAAAUUCUGAAAUGGGUGUUGUUGCUCUGUCCAUACACGAGCUGAGAAGCAGAUGACAUGAUUCCUUACAAACUUAUCGAGGACUAACUUAGGUUAUCACACAAAGUUCCAUGUAUAUAUGUGUAUGAUCUGAGUUAUUCUUCCUUUUAAGAAAAUCAACGAUCUUAUUAUGCGGUGUUAUGAGCAGAACUGUUUGCCUUAUGAGGCCUUGUUUAGUUCCGAAAAGUGAAAAGUUUUCGGUACCGUAGCA